AUGGCUGCACAGGGCGGUACAAGCGACGUACAACAAAUAGGAAAGGAUUUCUUGACUUGUGGUCUCUGUCUUGACUACUACAAGAACGCCAAAACACUACCAUGUCUACAUUCGUACUGUGAAACAUGUCUGGAUAAACUGGUAGAGAAAACAGCUGAAUUGAUCUGUCCACAAUGCCGGAAACGAUUCGACUGUGAUAAUCAAGAUAAAGCAGGUCAACUCGGUACCAAUCACAUGAUUAACGGUCUUGUAGAGUUCGUAAAAGCUCGUAACCGCCAGUCGGAUCGCGCAACCGAGGGAUUGAAAUGUGAAGCGUGUGACGUCACACAAGCUACCAGUAGAUGCAUGGACUGUCAAGUCAACUUCUGUUAUGGUUGCAUUCGAGUUCACUCGGUUGCAAGAUCACUUCGAGGUCAUCACGUAGUUUCUAUUCAACAGUACCUGGAAAGUACACCUCAUGUUUCCAAUCAUCGGCCAUCAUCGUUCUGUAAUAUCAAAGGUCACGAAAUGAAUGAAAUACAGUUCUAUUGUGAUACGUGUGAAGUUUCUAAUUGUCUUGCAUGUACCGUAGUUGGUCAUAGAGUUCCAGAACACAGACACAGAGAAGUAACUGAAGCGGCGAAAGAGUUUGCCACUAAACUGGAAGAUCGGAACGAGAAAUUGAGACCGAAAGAAAACGAGUCCAAUAUAUCCUGCACACAAGCCACACAGGAAAUGAUUACCAUACAAGAACUGUACGAACAACAAGUAACAAAAGUGAAGCAACACGUCGAACAUCUUAUCAAGAAAGCGAGAAGUGACGAAGAAAAGAUUCUUACCAUCUUAAAAAAAGAGCACGAUAAGCGAAAGAAAUUUCUAGAAUGUGAAAUUGACAGAUAUGAGAUGUCUGAGAAGAAUAUCAGAAGUACUUGCAGUUUUAUUGAUGCGUUGAUACAGUACGGUGCUGAUGGAAGACAACCUAAAUACCCUGCGGCCAUGAAAUAUCCCAAAACAGUAGCUGAACUCUAG